AUCUCCCAGUCACUUCUCCGAGUCUGUGCGGUGACCAGUGUACGUGGAAAUAGUUGUUGUUGCGCGCGCGAUCUCACCGGCGCGACGCGGCCAGGAUCAAUCGGCGCGUAAACGUCAAACGUCACCGUCGUAGUACGAUCGCGCGCGCGCGAGCGCGUCGAUCCGAUCGUAGGCUCGGUGAUGACACGGAUCGCGACCCGCGAGAAUGGAAAGGGCUGACAGGAUUAUGGAAACACGGAUCUAAUCAGACGGAAUUAUGGCGUUGACUGUCGUUCCCUCGACCCGCGUUUUUAAUGGAAACGUGGGAACGCAGGCGUACGUUUCCGGUUCGACGGGCUCGAAGUGCCUUUGCUGCCCUUAUGGAUAUCAUAUUGAUCUAGAUUUUGUACGCUAUUGUGAAGCUGUCGCGGCCGGAAGCACCAGUGAUAGACUUAGCACGGAAAGACGCAAGAAACGAGAACGUCGUAGACAAUGUCAGUCAAUGGAGGUUCUUCUGGGCCUGGUGAGUCCAGCGCUGGCGGGGAUAGAGGCCGAAUUGUCAAAAAUACCGCGAGAAUGCACGACUGCGAACGGCGUUGCUGCUUUAAUCAAACCGAAUUACACCAACCCACUGAGGCAACAAAAAGAUUCGCGUCCCGUCCCGGUUAUGGACCUCAGCGACGUCGUGGGCGACUUCGAGGCGACCCUCAAACGAUCCUCUAGGUCAUCGAAGGUCUCCGAGCAUCGAUUUCCCGUGGAGAUUGAUGGUAUAAAUGAAACUGCAUCAGUGCAAAAUGCAGCUCAAUUGGCGGAUUCCGAUAAUGCCAGUGUCGGAAGUGGCAACUCGAACCUUAGUACUGGUGCUCUUCAGAACAUCAGGGAACAAAUGGCGGCAUCGCUGGAAAGGAUGAAGGAGCUGGAGGAACAGGUCAAGGCGAUUCCCAUGCUGCAGGUGCAAGUGUCAGUGUUGAAAGAAGAGAAACGUAAUCUUCUGCGACAAGUGGACGAGCUGAGCAAAACGAAUUCUUGCAACAACGACAUCCUGCAUAGGCAUCGUAGCCAAUCGUUCUCGGAACAACGUGCCACCGCUCUGCGAAACUUGAAGAACACAGGAACUGUAUCCACCAGGGACAUGGGAACCAUGUGCGGCGUCAUGACGAGAGACAUCGGGGUGUCGCAUCAACAGGUUAGAACAAGAGAUGUUGGCAUGAUAACAAGCACGCCAAUAAAACCGUCUCUACAGAAGAGCCGACUGCGAAUCGAGGAAAUUAUGCCUGAGAUGCAAGACGAAAGCACCGUGUUGAAGGACGAAACGCCGUCGAAUCUAACGAAUCUCUGCGAUUCCCGUAAUUGGAAGUCCAAUCUGGCUCGCAGUCAGUUGAUGCUGGAGGAGAUCCUACCGGAAGUCCGGAAACAGCAUCUGAUGAGGGCUCCCCUUUACGUGGAAUCGACACCGUUUAACGAGAACGACCGCAAAACCGCGAAGAAAACGCGCGACUUUGGCAUCAACACGGAGAACAGAUCCAAGGUUCUCCAAUGCAGCCACUUCUUGAUCGAGGACAUCCCGCCGGAAGCGAGGAAAGAAACGAGGAAACGUUCUUGCGGCACCACGACAAGCUUAAAUAUGAAGGACGUCCUGACAAGCGAGGAUACCAAACUGCUCGUGGAGAACGCUUUACGAAAUUACAGAAAUAACUUGGUAAAGAAGACUUUCUCCAAGAGCGUUCAAUGUACCCCGGAAACACCGAAGGUCGAGAAGCGAGAUCGCGCGGUCCAAGUGGCCGAAUUAUUUAUGAUGCGUUCACACGUAAGCGUGACAGCCAAACCCUCCGUGGCGGACGUCGGGGUUGAGGUCAAGCUGGAUCCCUCCACCAAGAGCGUGUGCAUCGGACCGGAUGCGGUGGCGCAGCCCCCGGUGUCCUUGAGCUUGAUGAACUCGAGGAGUCACUCGUUCAACUACGGCGACUCGAGGACGAAAAGCAAGAGAACCAGCGGUAAAUCGGUGGCGGUGAUGGUGGACGACCUGGUGAGGACUGUCACUCGAAGCACUGAUACCUUCGGCCUCGCGCCGAAGUGCCGAGAUUUCAGUACCUCGACGACGAGGAAGAAGUUCGUCGACGUGUCGGUCGGCGACUCCGUCAGGCCGCACAUCUCGAUCUCCUGCGCGGCUAAUUAUUGCGAUAAUUGCAAGGAGACGAUUAAGAGUCUGGCGAAGCAGAUCGCGAACAACGCGGAGAACAGUCUGAAUCAUCAGAAUAGUAAUAUGGUGUCCAGGAUUCCGAGACCGUCUCACAUCUCCUUGAACACCUCCGGUGAUCAAAGGAGACAGUUCAAGCGUCAGGAUACGUACACGAAGAUACCGGUCCCUGGGAUGAUGAGAUACGACGCAGACAACAAGGAACAAUACGACAGUAGCGAUCGCAUUCAGCAAUUACAAAUUGAGAAGAGCAAGCAUGAGAAAAUCUCAUCAGACGAGAUGUGCAGUGUGGAGAAGGAGGUGGAUAACGAAGAGAAGUCCGAGCUGUCGGACUCGACCUUGUUUCAACCGAUCCAGGAUAAGCCUAGGAAGAAGGUCGAGCCCACGAAGGAGAUGCAAGCUGCCAUGAAGGUGCUGAACGACAGCAUCAAAAAAUCGCCCAGCAGGAACAUCUCUCAUCAGCUGAAGAACGCCACUAAUAUCAUACAGCAGGAAUGGUUCAAGAUAUCCAGUACAUCUAGUGCGAAUCCAUUAGACGUCGAGGAUUAUCUGGACAGGUUCGAAGAGUGCUCCGGUACUCUGCUAGAGUACAUCGUCAACAUGACAGAUACCAGCGGCAACACGGCGAUGCAUUAUGCGGUUUCGCACGGCAACUUCGACGUGGUGUCUAUACUACUGGACUCGAAGGUCUGCGACAUUAACAAGGCGAACGUCGCUGGUUAUACAGCUGUGAUGCUGGCCGCUUUGGCAGAAGUCAGGAAUUCCACCCACGCCUCCGUGGCGAAUAGAUUGUUCCAGCUUGCCGAUGUCAACAUUCGCGCAAAACUGCACGGACAAACCGCGCUGAUGCUGGCGGUGUCGCACGGACGCAAAGACAUGACGCAGCUGCUGCUGGAUGCUGGAGCGGCUGUUAACAUCCAGGACGAAGACGGUAGCACUGCCCUGAUGUGCGCGGCUGAGCACGGCCACACCGACAUCGUGAGGCUGCUCCUGGCGCAUCCGGAUUGCGAUCCGUCUAUCGUCGACGUCGACGGCAGUUCGGCCCUGAAAAUCGCCCUCGAGGCGGGUAACCGGGACAUCGGAGUGUUGCUUUACGCUCACGAACACGUCAAUCGAGGCACCAGCCCGUACUCGACCUUGAGGCGAAGCAGAAGAGGUUCCAAGCCGACGACGCCCACCGGACCGUCCCCGUCAGCUCCGGCUAGUCCGGCACCGUCGCGGCGCCUUCAUUCGUCCAACGUUUCUUUGAACACAUCGAAGUAUUCUAAAUAAUUCAAUCGGUAAUUCACACACCCACCCUCCAUCCAUCAUGAGCUUUCUCUUCGCGCACGGUUUUGACACGUAAUAGUCAUAGGAUUUAAUAGGAUAGGCGAAUUGCAGUAUAAACAGGACUUUGCAUUUAAAUAUAAUUCUUUCGUUCAUAUAUAAUUUUUAUAUAUUCCUAU